AGACGCAGCUAAGGCUCACAUUCAUUAACAAACAUCGUCCACCGGUAGCACCGCUGCAGCGUCGACAUGGUGGCGGUACAGACGUCUCCUAAUCUGUCUCCUUCCGCGGAGUGGAUCUGCUGUCUGGAUAAAAGGCCAUCGGAGCGCUCUGGCGAGGAUGUGGACAUCAUUCUCACCAGACUGAGAGAGGUCAAGGCCUUCCAGAGGUUCCCGCCUCCACUGCUCAUGCAGAUCUGUAGCUGUGCCUUUUACGAGUGCCUGGAGAAAGGCAUCACAUUGUUUAGACAAGGAGACAUUGGUACAAGUUGGUACGCUGUUCUCUCAGGCUCACUUGAUGUCAAAGUGUCAGAAACUGCCAACCACCAGGAUGCAGUCACUAUUUGUACACUGGGGAUUGGGACUGCUUUUGGGGAGUCUAUCCUGGACAACACACCACGCCACGCUACCAUCGUCAGCAGAGAGACCAGUGAACUGCUCCGCAUCGAACAGAGGGAGUUUAAAACCCUUUGGGAGAAGUAUCGUCAGAGCCUGGCUGGGCUUUUGGCCCCUCCUUAUGGAGCGAUGGAGAGUGGAUCCAACAAUGACAGACUUACUGAUAAAGACAAUAUGAACUCUGAUACUGCAAACAAAGGCCACAAGAUUCCCUCUGAAAAGCUACAAAGAGCUGGAAAGGUUCUUCGAAAUGCUAUUCUAUCCCGAGCCCCACACAUGAUCCGGGACAGAAAGUACCACUUGAAGACUUAUAGACAAUGCUGUGUGGGUACAGAGCUGGUGGACUGGCUGGUGAUGCAGAGUGCCUGUGUUCUGACGCGGUCUCAUGCUGUUGGGAUGUGGCAGUCUCUGCUGGAGGAAGGGGUGCUGAACCAUGUGGACCAAGAACUGGGCUUCCAGGACAAAUACUUGUUUUACCGUUUCCUUGACGACGAGGAUGAGGAGACACCGCUGCCCAGUGAAGAAGAGAAGAGAGAGAGUGAGGAAGAGCUGCCAGAGACCAUCCUCUUCCUCGCUCAGAUCGGCCCUGAUGCUCUGCUGCGCAUGAUCUUACGGAAGUCGCCUGGUCAGAGGACAGGAGACGACCUUGAAAUCAUCUAUGAUGAACUGCUGCACAUCAAGGCCUUAGCUCACCUCUCCAACACUGUGAAGAGAGAACUCGCAAGUGUUGUGAUAUUUGAAUCACACGCAAAAGCAGGAACUGUGUUAUUUAACCAGGGUGAAGAAGGCACAUCAUGGUACAUCAUCCAGAAGGGCUCAGUCAAUGUGGUCAUCUAUGGCAAAGGUGUGGUGUGCACGCUGCAUGAGGGAGAUGACUUUGGGAAGCUGGCUCUGGUCACAGAUUCACCACGUGCUGCCUCCAUAGUGCUGAGAGAGGACAACUGCCACUUCCUACGAGUGGACAAGGAGGACUUCAACAGGAUACUCAGGGAUGUUGAAGCCAAUACAGUGCGUUUAAAAGAGCAUGAACAAGCUGUGCUGGUGCUGGAGAAGAGCCCUCGUGCCUCAACACUGGGAAGCAUCAAAUACACUGUGAUAUCAGGAACCCCAGAGAAGAUUCUUGAGCACUUCCUGGAGACUAUGAGGAUGGACAUACAUCACAGUGAACCAGACCCAGCACUGGAUGACUUUGUCCUCAUGCACUGUGUGUUUAUGGCCAACAGCCAGCUCUGCCCUCUCCUCAUGACACACUACCAUGCUGCAUCUCCCCCUGGCUCUGAGCAGGAGCGGCUGGAGUUUGCUGUCAACGCUAAAAGAAGAGUCCUUAUCCUGACCCUGCGCUGGGCCAAUGUCCACUCCUUCCUACUACAAGAGGAACCCGCUGCUAUUUCCUUCCUCGAGGAGCUAUAUGGGAGCGUGUCCAAUGAUUCCCGAGUGCUAAGAGCUCUGAAAGACUUGGCUGCUGACCUGGAGAAAGUGGUGAAAAUUCACUCAGAAGAAGCAAAGGCAACAAAAAAGAAAACCUUAAUACGACAGUUCAGUAAUGGGGAAGAACGAUUACAAAAGAAACAACCCAUAAGGAAUCAAGAUGACAUCCUAUUAAAAGUCUACUGCAGUGAUCAAACAUACACUACUAUACGAAUAGCUGUAGCGGCCACUGGGAGAGAAGUGGUCAGUGCUGUGGCAGAUAAAAUUGGUACAACAGAAGAGCUCCUACUGGUUCACCUUAACUCUGCAGGGGAAAAGCAAAUCUUGAAGCCAAAUGACGUGUCAGUAUUUUCCACUCUGAGCAUCAACGGAAGAUUAUUUGCCAGCCCCCGAGAGCAACUCAACUCUUUAAGUCCUCUUCCAGACCAGGAGGGCCCCACUGCAGGCUCCAUGUCCACUUUUGAGCUGAUGAGCUCCAAGGACCUGGCCUAUCAGAUGACCAUGUUCGACUGGGAACUCUUCAGCUGUGUGCAUGAGCAUGAGCUCCUCUACCACACAUUUGGCCGGCAGAGCUUCAGGAGGACCACAGCCAACUUGGACCUGUUCCUGAGACGGUUCAACCAGGUCCAGCUCUGGGUGGUCACUGAGGUGUGCCUCUGCGGACAGCUGAGUAAGAGGGUGCAGCUGCUCAAAAAGUUCAUCAAGAUCGCAGCACACUGUCGGGAAUUUAAGAACCUCAAUUCUUUCUUUGCCAUUAUUAUGGGGAUGAGCAACCCAGCUGUCAGCAGGCUGAGUCAAACAUGGGAGAAACUUCCUACCAAGUUUAAGAAGUUUUAUGCCGAGUUUGAGAGCAUGAUGGACCCCUCUCGAAACCACCGGUCGUAUCGACUCACUGUUACAAAACUGGAGCCACCAAUCAUCCCCUUCAUGCCCCUUCUUCUGAAAGAUAUGACUUUUACACAUGAAGGCAACAGAACAUAUCUUGACAAUAUGGUCAACUUUGAAAAAAUGCGCAUUAUUGCAAACACAAUUCGACAAGUACGACACUGCAGAAGCCAACCUUUCAACCCGGACAUCUGCCAGCCAAACAAGAAUCAGGCCGAGGUGCGGGGCUAUGUCAGGAAACUGUGUGUGAUUGACAACCAGAGGGCGCUCACGCAGCUCUCCUACAGGCUGGAGCCAAGAAGGACGUGAGACCACUAUAUAGUACAUCCCCCACUACCUUCACCAUAUUCAAAGUACAUUUAAAAACAACACAAUCAAAGGGUCUGUAGCAUUUCACUGUUUUGGACUCAUGCAGUAUUGUGCCAUGAAAAACCUCUUCUUCCUCGACAGUCAGAAAGCUGCUAUUUUGUCGGUAGACUGUACUACUGUCACUGUUUUGGACCUGUUAGAUAGAUCUGUAAUGCAUAGAACUUGGAUGAAUUAUGAUGCAUGACUGACAGGCUUUUUGUUCUAUACAUUGUAUUUCUAUCUAAGUGUCCCAUCCAUGUUGUGCAAAAAAAUGUUUUAAUGUACCUGCCUGUGUAGCCUGUUUACACUAAAGACCCUUCCUAAGUCACUAUCGUAAUCAAAACAUUACCCUUUUCAGUACACAGUAUAAAAGUACAUAUUUUCAUUAAUCUAUAUAUAAUCUAUAGAUUAUGUAGGAUUCAAUGUCCUAUGGGUGAGUAAACGUGUCUUACAAUUAGUCUGACACAUCCAAGAACUAGAGUAUUAGUGGGUCGGAGCCCUAAUGUUACUUUCCACCUAAGUUUUGCCUUUAUAUUGUCCUCAACUCAAUGCAAGUCAAAGCUGAUCAGACUCGCUUUGAGGGAAGUCAGUAUUUCUCUGUAUUCAUGUGUGUAGAUUUUGAGUGUGUUUAUGCCAAGUGUCAAUAUUUUCCUUUGACCUCAGAUGCUUUAGUUGUGAUUAUUGGUAUGUGUUGAGAACUGCUGUAUGGCCACCCUUUUGGAGUGGUUUGUGACUUUACUGUUUGUGUAGUCUGCCUUGUAAAUAAAAGUU